AGGAGGAUUUCAGCCUCAGGUGGUGGUGGUAGUGAUGUCACAGCGUGAUGUCAUUGACUUCUCUGCGUUGGAGAAAGAGCUGCAGGCGGCGGUCGCGUCUGAGCAUCGAUACCAACGAGAGAACGACGCCAAACUGAGAGCCGUCAGCCAGAGAGUCAGCUACGAGCAGUUCAGAGGGCUGGUCCUGUCGUCCCACCUGAAGCCCCUGGACAGGAAGGACAAAGAUGGAGCUCCACGGAAACAACCCUGGAACCCCGUCGCCCCGGGCAACGCCUGA